AUGUAUAUUCAGCGGAAAAUCGACGUUUCGCUCCUCACUCUUGUCAACAAAGUUCCCCGACAUCAAUCUUUCAUCUCUUCUCCCCGCUCGUUGUUUCUCCCGACGCGUUAUCCACAAUCCGAUGAGGAUGCAGCUCACGGGUCACCUGAGAAGUUCUCUCUCUCGCCUAGCCCCUCGCACCAUCAUCGACUACAUGAUCCUCCUCUAUCUUCAUCCCACUUCCUCGCCUCGAUUGACCAUCUCCCAUGUCCAACAGUCGAUGACAGUAUCAGGCGAUGUCUUCCUCCCACUUCUCACAUUGUUAAAUCAGACAUCGCACGCCUGGUCUCGCGCACCCAGCGUUACCGUAAUGCUGCGUUCGCUGGUGAAGAGGAGUGCACCAGGGACCUCACCCAAAUCGCAACGGUGCGCACUACAUUUCCACCAGACAUACCUGUAGACGUACCCGGUAGCCUCCGCGGACGUGUAGAACAGGGUUCCGAUGCCAUCGCAGGGUCCACUAUCAAAAUCAUCUCCGAUGUCGUCGACAGCUCAUUUAACGCCAUAUACUCUGCUCGUUCUUAUCAUCUGCCCCCACCUUAGCAUCUGCUCCGACUCCAGCUUUGCCUCGAGAUUCACAUCUGCAGCCACCAGAGACCAGUCACGGGUGGUGGGACGUCGGGCUGUUGAAGUGAGAAAGUGAGUUCUCGAUUGCGGAUUUGGUGCCGGGGAUGAAGGGGAAGGGGAAGGAUGGGAUGGAGCUGAAGAAGAACAUGUCCAUAAUGCAAGAAUUCUUCGAAGCUUCAACAGCAUGAUGGGCGGGAAUAGUGGGAAAGCACGAACUUGCUUCGCUGAUCUUGACAGGAUCGACUGGCACAGGUGCCACGGUGACUUCAAUUGAGGCUGUUAGGAACGGAUGCACACGGUCAUCUUCAUGCAUUAAAGUCGUUGGUGCUCUAUCUAUAAUUUACACUUUACAAUUGCAUCAUGUCGCAGUCACCCUCCAUCUCACGUUCCUCACUGCUCCUCCCCUUGCACCACAACUGAGUACUGAAGGCCGGCUGCCGCACCUUCAUUUC